CCAAGGUCAUUUUGCUUUCACGGGCGGAAAUAGGGUUGUCGCCUUGCUCUACAGAAGUAGUCGAUUCUCAGUUUCCUCAGUAGCGAAGGAGGGAGAGAGAGAGGAGAGAAAAUACCCGGAAUUCGGAAAGAGAGAGAAAAUUCGAUUUCUUGUGAAACAAUUUACCAGCUCUGUGAUCUCCAAAGGAGGAGGAGCUCCGAUGCCUUGUCGCUCUGCCGUUUAGUCUCCGCGAGAGGAUACCUAAAUAUAAUCAGAGUCGAUGGCUGCUCUCCCUCUAGGCAAGCUCACCAUUCUCGUCGGCGCAGGGAUGCUGGGUGGUAGCUGGAGGAAGUAUGCUUUCUUUUGAAUGUACUGUUAAUCCGACAUUGCAAUGGAGAAAGGCGUCUGAGAGUGUGAAAGUGGAGCUGUAUUGGCAUUCUUGGUUCAGUUCUUGCAAAAGAAGGACGUGUAUCUGAUGUUGUCUCUGGUGCUUUCAAGAUUGCUUGGAAACAAAUUAGACGAAGUGAUAAUACUUCGGCGGUUAAUAAACCACACAACGACUCUCUGAUGGCUCAGAUGAACAACCUACGGAAGGAGCUGGAGAUAAUAGCAUCAUGUCGACUACCAGUUACAGUUAUAACUAUGAGUCGAACAGGUACUAGCAAAUAUGGUAUAAUUAUUGUUGUAGUAGCCGCAGGAUAUGGCUACUUCUGGUGGAAGGGGUGGAAGCUUCCUGACAUGAUGUUUGCAACAAGACGUAGCUUGUCUGAUGCUUCCAAUUCUGUUGCUAAACAGCUUGAGAGUCUGUUUACAUCAAUUUCGACCACUCAGAGGAAAUUGUCUUCACAACUUGACAAUGUGGAAUGUAGUUUGGAUGAAAGUAUAGAAAAUACGGCUAAGACACAACAGGAGGUUGUUCAACUACAAGGAAGGACGGAUACCAUUAGCAGAGAUUUUAAAAAAGUUCACCAUGCAGUGCUGACUCUGGAAACAAAAAUUAAUAGAAUUGAAGGGAAGCAGGGUGAGAUUACCGGUGGAGUAUGGAAGUUAUGUGACUACGCCCUGAACAUGGAAAAGGGCAUAAAUGCAGAACGCAUUCAGGCAUCACCAUCCAGUUUUUCCAGGCCAGUUCUUGAACUACCACCAGCCUCCCCCUCAUCUUUGGUGACCCCACCGAAGUCCUCGAGGCCAGCGCUUGAGCUACCCCCAGCAUCACCCUCAAGGGGGAAUGGUGGAAUCUUGGAAGUGGUUGAGUCCUCAAAUCGUGGCGAGGCUUCCAGUGAGCUUUGUGCUCCAGAAGGCACAAACAAUGCGUCUUCCAGUUCUGGUUGGUUCGGGUUUGGGUUUCCAACUUUUAAUAGUUCGGCUCUCCUGAGGACGCGAAGUGCUACAACUGGAAUGGUUCAACGGAAACGAUGAACUAUUCAACCGUUAUGAGGAUCUUUGUAUAGAUCUGGUAAAGUCAUUUAGAGUAUAUUCAUAUGAUAAUUCAUCAUUUGUACUCUCUGUGAGGUGAAAGCCUUGAGCUUUUUUAGACUGUUUAGUUUCGAGAGCCAAAACCUCAAAUAUAGCAAACGCCUUGUCCCCAAUCGAAGGCACUGUAACGGGACGGGAUGCUGAGAAUUUUGUAGCGCAGACACGACGUAAUAUUGGUAUUUAAGAUGGUUUCAUUUUUGAGUA